UGAUUUUGGUUUGCUUUUUUUUAGAACUGAUGGUAGCACGUCGUAUAGAUUUGAAAUAGCCAAUACAUACACAAAUACAGCAAUUUGACAUUUUACUGUUUUGAACGAAUGGUUAUGGCGGAGUUUCUUUGGUUUUGUCGUACAUAAUAGGCUAAUGGAUGUUGUACAUUUGUUAUGGCUGAUUAUCGGUGUUGUGUGCAAAUUACAUGAAACGAUAUUUAAAAAAGAAAAAAAAAUAUACGUUUGAUUGAUCUGCGAAGUGUUCUUUUUAGCUAAGGCACGAAAAUAAUGACAUCACAAUAAACUUAACCUCUUUUUGUAACACCAAACAAGAAUUACCGAUGAAAACAGAAAUAUAGAGAAGCAAUGCGAAGUUGUAUAAUGGUUUAAAUUUGCAGUUUUGCGAGAAAUCGGUACGCCACAAAUGGAGUUAAUUUUAUUAAAGUGGCAAAUGUCUGUGUAAGCACAGCCUGGAAGUAUGGGUACUGAAGUUGAAGAGUUUAAUGUGAUCCAGUUUGAAAAGAGAUUGACUGCUUUGAAAGAUUCUCAAGAAAAUAUAAACGCUUGUUGUAAAUGGUGUUUGGAAAACAGACAGCAUCAUAAGAAAAUUGUUAACUCGUGGUUGAAUGUGUUAAAACGAGUGAAGGUGGAACAAAGACUUAAUUUAUUUUAUUUAGCAAAUGAUGUUAUACAGUAUUCAAAACGAAAGCAAUAUGAAUUUGUUGAUAGCUGGGGCACAGCCCUUCAAAAGGCCACAACUUUGGUGCGUGAUGAUAAGGUGAAACAUAAAAUUGUUAGAAUUUUUAAUAUCUGGCAACAAAGAGGUGUCUACAAUGAAGAAUUCAUAUCAGAUUUGUGUGGUUUAAUCAGUGUGGUCCCAACAGCGUCUAAAAAUGACGAACCGCAUGAAUUUCAGGCAAAUUAUGUAGUUAAUAAAAUCAAACAAUGCUCGAAACUCGAAAAUGAAACAGACUUGAAGCUCAAGGUUUUAAAAGAACACAACCCAAAAAUUCAACUCGAGACUGAAACGCUUUGUAUUUCGCUAAAAGAUCGUGCCCAUGUAGAUGAUGUAGAAAAGGAGUUGGAGGUUUAUGUAAAGCACCUAGAGGGAUAUAUAAAUGCAUUAAAGGCAGAGAUCAAGUGUAGAAUUACAAAUAUUUCUGUUCUGAAGCAAGCAAACAAUCACCUAGAUAAAGAUAAAAAGGAUGUUAAAGUUGUUGCAAAUGCAUACAAAGUAUUUGGAAACAAAGUAAAAGCAUUCCAGAGGAAACUGGAAGAACACAAAUCCACGUUAACUAGUCCAGUUCCAUCACCUGAUAUAAACGCCCCCUCACCUAGUCCAGAUUGUGAUAUUGAUUUGCCUGAUGAUAAUGAAAUAAAAACUAAAAAUACACUGGUAGAUUAUAAUCCAAGAACAACAUUUACGGCAGGUUAUUACAAUCCUGUGCCUCCACCAACUACCGAAGCUGGAAAUUUUGUCACAAAUGGAUAUACUAGUUUCAUUGGUUCUAAUUUUAAUGUGGAGGAACUAAGCACAUCGGCUUUGUUUACAAACGUCCCGACAACAGGGGCAAAUGCCAGUUUGUCAGAAGUAAAUAACAGCAGCUUUAACUUGAACGUCGACCUAUCAAAUGUUUUACAAACAAUUGGUCGACCGCCACCGCCACCAAUCGAGGCAUCUUCAGAUUCGGCUCGUUUUCCCUAUCAAGAAGGAGGCCACCUACCUUUGCUACCGCCACCAAUGCCUCCAUUUAGUGCCAAAUCGGAUUACGAAAAUCCUUACCAAGCCUAUUCUUCAGCGGACAAAGCCAAUUAUGGUUUCGACCACCAAACAGAAUCUUUUAACACUUCAAACGGCUCGAAUUCUUAUCCACCCAACGCCGAGGAGUACAACCCUGAACAAGAACCGGAAACAUGGGAACCAGAUGCCAGUUGGACACAAUCUCAGCUUGAUACUGACACACCUGAAAGUCCGCCGCUUUUUGAAAAGGAAGGUUAUGUUGAAGGAGUUGAAUAUCAUGAUACUAUUGUGACGAGUGGGGCAGCUGACGUCGAUCACAGAAUUCUACACACCCUGUCAACUGAAUUAGAAGACAUCAGGGGUCGAGGUAAAGAUGUAGACCAUCGCAAUUUAAUAAGUUUGACUGGUUCGCCGUCGGAUACGAAUUCAAGUAACCCUGUUCAGACGGAUAUUUGGAACACGUCUGUCGUGGAUAAAGAUUACCGAAACGAUAUGUCGGCCAUAAAUGCGGAUCAAGAUUACCGGUUGCCUCCUUUUAACAUUGAACAACUGAAAUUGCCGCCUCCGCCGCCGCCACCACCGAAACCCCUAGUGCUUUCGAAUCAAUUUCCCAAAAACAAAGUACCGUCUCCGCGAAAAUUAAUGGACAAUAUCGAAAGUAUCGAUAUGGAAUUAAGCGAGGAUGAGAACGAAGAACAUCAAGACCACCGAGAAAAUUUAAAAGUUAUUGUAAAUAGUGAUAGCAGUGCAGUGAACAAUUCAUCUUUAAAGCCACCUCCUCCUUUCCCAGAUCUUCCAGAUGACGUGGACGCCAAUACUUUCCUUGACGAUCUUGAUAAUGAAUUGAAUUCUAACGAAUUUACGGCAAGCUUGCAAGAUCCUGAUCACAGGAUCAGUUUUGAUCAACCCCCUCCAACAAUCAGUAUACCCCCUCAUAUUGCUAACGUUCCGCCCCCCAAUCUACCGCCGCCCAAUAAUUGGAUACCAAAGCAACAAAACUGUAACAUGAAUAUGGGUUUUCGUAGGGGGAAUCGAGGAGGGCCGGUUUAUAAUAAUCGGGGGAUGCAAAGGGGAAGAGGACGAGGGACCUACGGAUUCAGAGGGGCUAAUAAUUUUAGAGGCCGAGGCUUCGGUCGAGGCGUACCGAACAGAGGUCAUAAAAUGCGAGGUAAUAUGCGUGGCAAUUUUCAAGGUGGAUACUAGAAAGUGAUAUUCUUGGACACGAGUAUGUGCCAGAUUACGUUCGGUCGAGAGUUCUGUCUGUAAAUAGUAAAUUCUGCUUAGCCUUAAAGUUUUCAUACAAGAAUUUAUUAUAAGUUAAAUAACCGUAAUAAGCAAAGUUAUAAAUGUAGUUUAUUCUAUGAAAUAGCUAAUGUACUAACACAACGUACAAAUGAAUAUUUUUCAUUUAGAAGAAACGUUAGUACUUAUAGCAUUGUUUAGAACACAAACACAUUUUUGUAUAAAUUUGUACAGUUUGUAAUUAAGCAGUUUUAGUGUAGUUAUUCUCGUACAGUUUCAAAAACGUUUAUUUGACUCCUUGGGUUGACGUUUUUUUAUAACUUUUUUCUGUAUGUGCACUGGAUAAACAAUCUUUUUACAUACGGUUCAGUCACGUGCAGUACCUGAGGGAGUUAUAUAAAACUACAAGUCUGGAUUUAUUUGUAAUUAGCUAUUCAUCUGUUAAAUUUACAAUUUCGUUUGCUUUGUACAAUAUUUAAUGUUAAUAAAAUGUAUUUCUGGGUUUUUAUAUUUUACAA